AUGGGGAAACACCAGCCCCCCCCUCGGAGGAGCCCCCCCUCCCCCAAAGCCUUCAUCUGUCCUGAGGAUGAGGAAGAAGUGGAUGGAUGGCUCAUUAUUGACCUGCCUGAUAGUUUUGCUGCCCCACCAAGUCCCAAAGCAGCACCCCCUUGCUUGCUGGAUGAGAGCUGGUUUGUUACCCCUCCCGCUGUUUUCACUGCAGAGGGGCCUGAGCUGGGCCCUGCCCACCUGGAGAGCAGCCCCUUGGAGGACCUGCUCAUCGAGCACCCCAGUAUGUCUGUCUAUGUCACUGGCAGUACCAUCGUCCUGGAGCCUGGUCCUGACCCCAACCCUGACCCCACCCGGAGCCCACCUCCAACCAGAGCUGGCCACCGGGAGGUCAUGCAAUCCCAACGGGAUCCAGGCCCCAGGCACCACACAGCCUCGAUGCCCCCUCGGACAGCAGUGCUGGAAAAGGCCAGUCAGGCCCGGUGGGUGCAACGGGCCCGCCAGAAGGCUUGACAGACAGAAGCUGAGCCCUAAGGUUGUCCCAGCGGGCAGAACCGUGUUCGAGAGCGCCAUCCCCGUCGGUCUAAGCACCAGGGCAGCUUUCUCCACCAGCCGUGCCAGCGUCAGUUCAAUUACUGACGCCACUGAGGUCGCCUGUCUGCCCAUUCUGGGCUGUUCCACUCUACACUGCUCUCAAAUAAACCUCUCACCAGCCUCCCCCACCCUCCCCGCAGACACUUACCCCUCAUCCACUUAUUCUCACCAGCCUGCUCCUGCCACCUGUUCUGGACCCAAGCGGUGACCCCCACAUGCUCCAUGGACCUGUUGGCCAAGGCCCUGCUUCCCCAAGGGAGCCCCUACUGAAGGAGAGCCUAGAGGAAGAGAGGUGUUGCUAGCCAACCCUGUGCGGUAAAUGGCUCCCUCUGGUCGUUUCCCUGUCCAGAGAUGCCAGCCCAAACUUAUUCCUCCCAUUCCCUACCUCUAAGUCCCGUCUUGUGAAUUCUAAUCCCCCUUUUCAUCUCCCAACCAUGAGCCCUCCUCGAUCACUAAACACAGACCUCAACUUGGAUCCCCUUGUUUCCCUACAUCUGACUCCACCUACACACAUAUACAAAACACUGGUUCCAUCACAAUUCUGCCCCUCUCUCCCUAACCUCCCUCCUAGGAUAUCUGUCAGUGAGUGACAGAAGUGUGACUUUUCUCAGGCUCCAUGACAAGUCUUGGCAACUAGGCUGCACUGCCCUAAGGCCCAGCUCCUAGUGUCUGUACCCUAGGACAGACUCCUUAGAGCUGUCCCAGGCCUCUGAAGGUAAAGUAUGUUGGAGAGGGCUGUGAGAUGUGAAAUUUGAGAGUGAAAUAACGGAGGGAUUUAGGGACAGAAAGUCAGAGACAGACUUGAGAAAGAUAAAAGAGUCAGAUGAAGCAGCUCUGGAAGAGGAAACCCCUGAGCACCAAGCUUAAUUUUUACUGUUUGCUAAGAGGGACCCACCACCCUAGGGGAUCCAGGAGACCCUGUGGAGCCUGGGCUAGCAGUUUUCUGGUGAGGGGAGGCUUCUCUAGAGACUGGGUUGAGGGAAAUGAAAAGGAUAACUUCUGACCUCAGUCUGAUGGCUCUAAAUGACUAGGCUGCCCAAUUUACUUCUUGCCUCAACAUCAGAGUUCUGUGCUUUGCAUCAUAAAAGUCUCACCCACCAUAGUGCUAGGAGAAUCUUCUUUGCUCCAGGAUGGACAGAUCUCCUAGUGGUUCCAAGCCUUCCUGUGUUGACUAUUGUUUAGAACAGGCUGCCCUUUUAUUGCCCACCCAUUCUGAGAUUUCUCACCCCUAGGGAACUGGAGCUAUUAGUAUCAACCUUUACUGAGGUUCCCUACCUUCUUUUCCACCUGCAGAAACCAGGUAGCUGUUCUUUUCUCCUGAGGUGUGUGGGAGGAGAGAAGGUCCCCAAACCAUAGCCAGCCUGGGACUUAAGUAGCUGCCCCUUUUGAUGCUGUGGGCUGUGAAUUCUGGGCUUAGAUACCAGCAACUAUCUCCUCACAAUGCCCUGAAUUGCCCCUGUCAGUUUCUAGGUGUCAUUCUUUUUUUCCUGUCUCUUCAUCUUGAUUUUUCCUAACACGUGAGUCAUUCUGCCCACACACCCUUUUUCCCAUUACCUGGCCCUUGCUUUACAGCCAGAGUACUACUGGGCCGGCUUCCUGAGUCCAGGUGUCAUUAGCUUCAUAGCUAUGUGGGGAGAGGCCCCCAGCCCUAAGGAGCGGACUAAAUUAUUUUUUAAAAAUUAAAAUAAGAUAACAUUUUAAAAAUACUUUCAGCUUGCCUCCGAAGUCAGUGAUUAACAUUAUCCCCUGUCCCAUCUAAGGUUCCCUCAACCCUCUUUCAAGAGUCUUUCUCCCCAAACCCCAACUUCAGUCACCUCACACCCAGCUAAGCUGUGGCUUUCCUAACAGCUGACAUUUCCACAGUUCCCAUCUUCCCUGUUCCAGUGCUGGGGAGUUGGGUUUGGCUCCAAGUAGCUGUUUAAUGGGGACUGGAGUGAGGGAAGCCUGGAGGGCAGGAGCCUAUCACCCUAAACCUUGCAUACUCCCUCUUAAUGCCUCCCUCUCCCCUUGAAGGCUCCUUGUAGUCUUUGUACCCCAGGAUCAACACAAGCUGAUCAUAAACCAUUUCUACCAUCCCACAGACACUGUUGCAUCUGAGUGUGGCAAUAUUUUAUGUCUAGAUUUUUAAGACCUGACACCACUCUGUCUCCUGUUUGUUCGACUACAGAGCCACCAGAUCUUCUCAUGCUAUAUGGACUGUGUAUGUGCCUUUCACCCUUAGCAUGGUUCAGGGUUUUUCAAACCACAGAACUUGAACAAAUUAAGGAACCAGGAUUCAUGAAGUCCUAUGCAACCUAAGCCAGGAAGUCAGAGUCUGCAGUGACAACUGUUUCAGAGAUAUUGGGGAAAUGACCAGUUUGUGAGGAGUAUUAGCUAGACAUCAGUAUAACCAGCACUUCAACAAAAUUGUGUGUGUGUGUGUUUGAGUGUGUGUGUGUGUUGAGGGGAGAUGCCCAUCUUUUUGUUCUAAGGGUUUGUUUUUAAAGAGCAAGCACUGUUCACAAGGGCAGCAUCACUCUUUCCCUACUGAGUCUUGAGAGCAUGAACCUGCCCCAAGUAUCACUUCCUGGCCCCCUGCUCCCCAUUUUUGUCCCAAGCGGGCCUCUGUGUGUGUGUGUGUGUGUGUGUGUGUGUGUGUGUUUUUACCUGUGCAGUUGUGACCGGUUUUAAGCAUACACGUGCAACCAGGAAUCCACCAAUCCGCCCCUUAGACAGAGCGCCUCCUCUCCUCUCUCAGAGGGCAUCAAUGCCCCCAGGUGCUCCAGAUCUUGACUGCCUUACUAAAUCCACAUGGCUUUGAACUAGGGGGCUUAAUGCAGACAAACCACCCACUUUCUGAUACCUAUGACUGUAGCCCUGCCGCCUGGUUCCAAACAAAGCUAACAAGCUGCGUCUCUGUGAUAUGCUGAGCCCAGAUUAUAAGAGGAACCUUCCUUAGGAUGUUUAAAAUGUGUGUUGGUAGACUCAAGGAUGCAACCACCUUGACUCUGUCGUGGUGUGUGUGUGUGUGUGUGUGUGUGUGUGUGUGUGUGUGUGUGUAACAGGACUCUUGAGUGUUAGACCGUAAUGCUAUUCCUCUGUGGGGGAAAAAAAUUAAUAUAAAGGAGAACACAAGAAAUAAAAAUCUAUUUAAAGCA